AUGGAUACCAAAGAACUUCAAAGCCAAGUGAAGGAAUUAAUUGCUAGAAGCAAAAAUCAUGAAGAUAAUUUGGAGCACUUGAGGGCAGUUUUUGAAGUGUUGAGAAAACAAAAGCUCUUUGCUAAGCUUAAGAAGUGUGAGUUCUUCAAAAAGAGUGUGGUGUUCCUUGGCUAUGUAAUAUCAAGUGAAGGAGUCAUGGUGGACCAAACCAAGGUAGAAGCCAUCAAGACCUGGCCGCAACCAAAGAUAAUCACCGAAGCUAAGAGCUUCCAUGGCCUUGCCUCCUUUUAUAAGCGUUUUGUUCUAAACUUCAACUCAAUUAUGGCACCCAUCACCAAAUGUAUGAAGAAAGAAAGUUUUGAGUGGACAAAGGCAGCUGAUGAUGCAUUUGAAAAGAUCAAGCAAAGGCUUUGUGAAGCACCCAUUUUGGCCUUACCGAAUUUUGAUCAAUUGUUUAAGGUUGAAUGUGAUGCAAGUGGGGUUGGGAUAGGUGUUGUAUUGACUCAAUUAAAGAAACCAAUUGCCUAUUUCAGUGAGAAGCUUAUUGAAACAAAAAGGAGGUAUUCCACCUAUGAUAAGGAAUUCUAUGCUAUUGUGAGAGCCCUUAACCAUUGGAGCCAUUAUUUAAGGCCUAAGUAA